ACAUUAAUUCAUUUGCCAUAUUCCGAUUUGUCUAUUUUAGAAGUUGCUGCUCAAAUCCUGAAUGUUGAUACAUAUCAAGAUACUGCGAACACUUUCGUCUUUCCUUUGAUUUCAAGCAAUUUUCUUGCCAUAUAUGCUGAAGUAGGGAAUUUUGUAAACCUCCUUAAAUUAGUAUUGAGUAAAAUAAUACGAAAAAAUUUGAUUAAUGAAUUAAUUGCUACGUUAGAAAG